AAUAAGGUACACAGAAGAUUGCAGGCCCAGCCCAAAAACUAAUAUUAAUGCUUCGUGUUUAUUAGCUUGGUUCACUCAUCAUCCUAUACAAAAUUUCUUGGCGGUUUAAGUAUUCCACGUGUCACAGUGUAGUCUCGUUGAUUAACUGUCUCAUAUCACAUAGCCGUCCGAUCUUCAUAACCACAUAACUAAAAAACAAAAAGGAAAAAUAAAUUACUCGGCACAUACGCGGAAAAAAAAAAAAAAAGCGAAUCGUUUACUUACCCCUCUUUGAAACCGACGGUGGUAUUUUUCGCCGGAGAAGAUGAAGCAGAGAACCUGGCCUUGUAGAUCUGAAGGAUCUCGAUUCUCCUCCUUAUCGUUUUUGAAACCUCACGACAAGGAUAAACGGAGUAGAAUUUCAUCAAUCAACAAAGCAACGGCGAAGUCAACCACAAGUUCAAGGUCUUCUUCUUCCUCUUCUUCUUCACGUCCUCCAUCGAAUGAGUUCGGAGAUUUCUCGAUGCUUCCGUAUGAUAUACUGAUGAAGAUUGCUGCACCGUUUAGUCAUCCGAAUCUUCAAGCGGCGUCUUUGGUAUGUAAAUCGUGGAGAGACGCGCUAAAGCCGUUGCGAGAGUCGAUGUUGUUGAUUCGGUGGGGGAAAAAGUACAAGCACGGAAGAGGAGGUGUGCGAGCGAAUCUCGACAAAGCUCUUGAUUCGUUUCUGAAAGGAGCUAUGCGUGGAUCCACGCUCGCUAUGGUCGACGCUGGGCUUGUGUAUUGGGAAAGAGGAGAGAAGGAGAAAGCGGUGAAUUUGUAUCGGAGAGCUUCGGAGCUUGGUGAUGCUGUUGGUCAAUGUAAUUUAGGGAUUGCUUAUCUUCAAGUUCAACCUUCAAAUCCCAAGGAAGCGAUGAAAUGGUUGAAACAAUCUGCAGAGAAUGGUUAUGUUCGAGCACAGUAUCAGUUAGCUCUUUGUUUACACCAUGGUCGGGUCGUGCAAACCAAUCUGCUUGAAGCUACUAAAUGGUACCUAAAGGCAGCAGAAGGUGGGUAUGUACGAGCGAUGUAUAACAUUUCGCUUUGUUAUUCGGUUGGAGAAGGCUUACCACAAAACCGCAAGCUAGCAAGAAAAUGGAUGAAACGAGCAGCUGAUCACGGCCACAGUAAAGCUCAGUUUGAACACGGCCUUGCUCUAUUUUCUGAAGGGGAGAUGCUGAAGUCAGUGCUUUACUUAGAACUUGCCGAACGUGGUGGCGAAGCAGCUGCUACUCCCGUCAAAGAAGUUGUACACCAACAGCUUUCUGCAACUUUUGGUGGUCAGGCCGUACACCAUGCCAUACACCAAGCCAAUAACUGGCGUCCUCUACCAGUUACUCGAUGACUCCUAUCAUUUAUUUCAGUGAGGUCUAGUGAUUGGCUAGUUACAUGUCCAUAACUUAAAUUCCAAUUUGACAAUGUAUCAAUGACAAAACCUUAUUUCAGAUUUCUACUUUUAGUUCGUACUCAUGUUUUAAUCCAAAUGGUGCGACUGAUAAAUUUGUAUCCACACAAUACCACCAAAAUUGUAAAUCCGCGUUUGCAGUAGGAUAAUAAAUAUUACAGAUUGUUUCGAUUUUGGUUUUCUUUUGUGGGUUUGAAAUGUU